AUGCAAUCCUCGGACAACGAUGCGCCCUUAACCGAGUCGCUCCAGGCGCUGCCAAUGGCCGCCUCUACCGUGAGGCUGCCCAAGAGGCAGUCGGUGCCAGAGGGCCAUCCGCUGUCGCAAUCUGAAUUUAGCCUGCCGCAUCGGCGUUCUAAUCCUUCGGCUGCGCCGUUGUUUGCCUCGACUCUGACCCCGCCGGGCUCGCGAUCUGGAUCACCCAUGGGGCGGGGCUCGCCUGCUCCCAGCAAUAUGUCUGGAUCCGUCUUUGGGGGUCCAGCGGGCCGGUCUCUAAUUGACAUGUCCUCCGACAGCCCCGGCGACCCGCGAAAUUUGCUUGUAAAGGCAUACGUUCCGCAUAUAGCUAUCUACACCUCAAAGGACACGGAGGAUCUGGCAAGAGAAAAGGGAUUCAAGAAUGGCUUGUGGGAGCUUCUACGACCAUUCGGGGAGCAAGUGCAGGGUAAAGUUACUGUCAGGGACAGCAACGGUGCGAGCAGAACAUGGGAAGAUUUCUCUAUCCGGUUCGUGAAGUUUGGUGAUAAUGUCGACUCGCCUGAUGGUGCGCGAGGCUCGCAGGCCGCUAAUGGCCAGCUGGGCUCUACACUGAAAUCAAGGGACACCCUCGAGGAUGUUGAAGCUGUCGUCGAUCGUCACCUAUCAUACGCCGAAGACUCAUUUCUAAACACGCCGAACCACGGUGCUACGAGGCAGGGCUUGGAUGUAGAGGCUACCUCGCCUUACUACUCAUUGUACGUGCGCAGGUUGCUAUCAGGUAUCCCUGUGUCGCCGCAUGAGACGUUUGCACAUCCAGUCGCGUGUGUUAUUGCUAUCAGCUCUCGAAGCCCUGCGCCGAUAGAAGAUUUGCGAAAGUUAUAUAACGAUACGAGCUCCGGUGACAACAAGCUACCGGUUUGGGUGGAUGGUGAUUAUCUGCGAUAUUACGUCUUAGUCCACGACGAGGAACGUGACGACAUCACUCGAUCACUCGCUCUGUUCGAUCAAAUGAAGCGCCACCUUGGAUUGCACUGCCAUCUGCUCCGGUUACGAAGUAGCCAGAGCGCCGAGACCGACGACGACAGCAUACCUCUUCCUCGCAGCGACUGGAUGUCCGCGGCUGAAGAGCUAGCAGAUAUCAGACACAGCGAAGACCAAGAGGACUUUGAGGAUCCAACCAGAUACAUCUUUGAGUCAGAUGCGACGGCAAUCCGGACAUUUGUGAGGGAGAUGGUGACGCAAUCCAUUGUCCCAACUAUGGAGCGGCAUGUGUCGCUUUGGAAUGACCAGGUAGCCUCUCGCAGGAGAGGUAUCACUGGUAGAUUCAUGAGCAUAUCACGAAAAUGGGGUGGAUUUGGCAGCAGCUCAAGAUCAUCAGUAGUAGGAGGCAGUGGCUCAUCCAGCAAUUAUGACGCCUCGGGAUUUUACCGGCCAGAUGCCUCAGAAGCAAUUAUGCGGAAGCUAGCUGACUUUGCCUUCAUGCUGAGGGAUUAUAAGCUGGCGCAGUCGACAUAUGACCUCUUGAGAUCCGACUUUAGCGACGCAAAGGCCUGGAAAUACCACGCAGCAGCUAAUGAGAUGGCCGCCGUCAGUCUCUUAAUCAUGCCGCAGAAUCUGUCUUCCAAGUCCCGUGCGGAGACGAUUGACCAAAUGCUCGAGGCAGCUUUCUACUCCUACCAGACACGAUGUAACUCGCCUUUCGGUGCCCUCCGCUCUUUGACUCUGGGCAUCGAACUCCUACGUCUUAGGGGCGGAAGCUGUGUCGACGACGCAGUGAGAUGGGGUAUCCGGCUUCUCGACUCCAAGGUACUCGGCCGUAUCGGUGAUGCCCUGAUGAAGGAGCGCCUCGCAGUAUGCUACGCCUCAAAACCAGGUAUCGGUUCAGGCUCGUGGGGACACCGAAAGCGCAAAUCAGCGAUGUGGUGCAUUCUCGCCGGGGAGUCCUGGCUCGUCCAGCAAAAAUACAUUCAAUCGCAACGCUGCCUCAACGAGGCUGGGCAGACUUGGUCCGAUCUCCCUCACGAAAAUGGUAUCUCAAAGUUCAAUCUCGCAAGCGAGUUUGUGGCCGGCCUACAGCACCAACUCGACGAGAGGCUAGGUACGGGCGAUGGGGGCCAUCAGUCGCCCUCCCAAGACGUCGAAGAGGUUGUUGUUGAUGAGGAGAGCGAGGCAUUAGACCACAGGUCGAGGAGAACAAGCAUGAUGGGGCGUGCAGUACCGGGAGCUGCAAGCCUUGAGACGGCCCCGUUGCAUAAGGUCAACUCGAAGGAAAACGAGGGAGGCGAAAACUCUGCACAAGACGAGUUCGGAUAA